AUGAACUGCCAGCACAUUUCUCGAUCUUUGACACAUGUGUACUCUCUCUUGCCUUGGACUUGGAGUGCCAGACCACUGCCAGACCACACCUCCAAGGAUUUGGUCCUGGUGCCAGUUUCUGCAGCCUCUGAUCUGGUCACGAAGGGCUGGUACACAUCGAACUUCCGUCAGAUUCGUGAGCUGGUACAGGAUCCGGAGUAUCAGUCUGCGGAAGUUGACCCCGAUGAGCCAGUCCUUGAGGUAGUUGUCGGCGAUGCGAACAUGAAGGUCGCUGCUGCUUCAACACCGACGUUUGUGAGGAUCUUCAUGGAUGGUGAGAAUGUGGGAGAGACCUCUCUUCAGAAGAGGCGUCCCUACAACAUGCCAGUCUGGAACGAACGAUUCUUGCUAUUGCCCCGCGGUGCAUUCUCCACAAGAUUCGAGGUUGUCGACACAUGGGACCGUGUGCUGGGCCACUGCACCAUCGGCACGCAGAGCCUGUGGCGUGCAGCGGGACAUUCCGGACAGGUCUCUGUGGAGCUGCCGCUGCAGUUGGAGAAAGGCCUGAAUGGCAAGAUCUGGGUCCACUCGCGGCCCUGGGAUGGCCUCCCUCUGCCCGAGAGGCCCUGGUGGCCUCGAGCACAGGAGCUGCAUGAGGACACAUGGUCACCAUCUCGUCUGGCGCAGGAUGAAGGCCCUGAAGAUGACAUUGUUGGCAACUUGCAGCCUGAGGACUUCGGCAAAAGCCGAGCCAAGGUCCUCAGCGAUGAUGUUUUUUCCAGGAUAGACAAGGAUCGAAUCACACGCGCAGACUUCGAAGCGGCCCUGAGGAGUGGUACGUCUCAACCAAGGCAAGGCGCAGCCCCACAGACGCAGGCGGCGCAGGGCUCAAACAUCAUCUGGCCCCAACCAGUGAAGCCAUCGGCACAAAUCAGCGCUCCGCAGAUGUCUAUGCCCGGGUCACCUCAGGUUUAUCUGGAGGCACCGGGCCAGCCAUCCUCGAGAGGAGUCCUGUCUCAGUUUGCCGCCACGAUGCCUCCGCUACCUGUGGGAGGGUCCCCGUCCAACGCGUCGCUGGCACAGUUUGCCCGGUCGAUGCCCCCCCAGCCGGUAAAGCCUGAGGCAGACGGGACCUCAAAGACAGCUCCCGCUGCGAAUUUGACUGAUUUGUUCUCGAAGAUUGACAAGGAUGGCAGCGGCAGCAUCACCCGCGCGGAGUUCGAGCGCGCUAUCCGGCAGGGUGAGCUCAAGACGUCCAUCGCUCCUGGCCAGGUGCAGGCCUCGCAGCAGAGCGUCUCUCUUCCGCUAGGCCGGUCGGUGGAGGGCCCCAAGGUUGCUUCACCACAGCGUCCGGCGACCACGGCUUUGUCGGCGAUUCCUUCAAGCCCGAGGUCUCAGAAGACCAAUUCGCAGCCCUCGACGCCCAAGAAGCCCGCGCAGCCUUCAAUGGCUUCCAUGCCACCGCGCCUUCAGGCUGCAGGCUUCCACUUUUGA